AAAGCAAAGCACAAAAAAAGGAAAAACAAGAAAAAAAAAACCCAAGUGGGAAAAACAAAAAAUAUAAAAGAAAAAAAAGUAAUUAAUAAGGGAGAUUGUGAAUGAUUUUCACUAUAAACAAGCACGUCUAUGCUGUAUUGGGCAGUCAGGUUUUUACAAGAUCUCUGUCUUGGCCCUCCUUUUCCUUCCUUGCUCAGUUCUUCCUAGCUAUGGUAACUUUUAGCUAAAUCACAACUCUCCUGGGUUUUCUUUUUCUUUUUCGUUUUUUUUUUCAAAACCUCCUUCUUUGAAUACUCAACCCUUCAGACAUGUAUUUUUUUUAGCUUUAUAUACAAAGAGAAAGAGAGUUUCUAGCUCUCUCAAAAUUCUCGGGCUUUUUUUCUUUUUAAUUCUUAAGAGAAGAUAGUUAUGAUGGUUUUUUUAAGUUUUGUUCGUUGAAUUAUAUAAAUUUUAUCAAGAACAUAAGCGGAGAAAGUUGUGAGAGAGUGGGAAAAUGUGGGAUCUUAAUGACUCUCCUGAUCAGCCAAGAGACGAUGAAUCCGAGGGGUGUUCAUCACAGAAAACUUCCAUAGAUGGAGAUGAAGAGAAGGGUAAACGGGUCGGAUCCGUUUCGAAUUCAAGCUCGUCAGCUUUGGUGAUCGAGGAUGGAUCGGAAGAAGAAGAUGGAGAGAGAGUCAAAGCAGCUUUAAAGAAGAGAAGCAGCAAGAUUUUUGGGUUCUCAGUGUCUCAUGAAGAAGAGUCCAUGGAGAGUGACCCGGGUCCUGUGACCCGGCAGUUUUUCCCUCUUGAUCAAGACCCAGAAAUGGGUGCCACUUCUGGCGGAGGUGGAGCAGGGUUCCCUCGGGCUCACUGGGUUGGUGUCAAAUUCUGUCAGUCGGAGCCCCUUGCCACCGGUAAAUCUGUUGAAGUUUCACAGCCGACGAAGAAAAGCAGGAGAGGACCUAGGUCAAGAAGCUCUCAGUACAGAGGUGUUACUUUUUAUAGAAGAACCGGCAGAUGGGAGUCUCAUAUUUGGGAUUGUGGAAAACAAGUUUAUUUAGGUGGAUUUGACACAGCACAUGCAGCUGCUCGGGCAUAUGAUAGGGCAGCAAUCAAGUUCCGGGGAGUAGAAGCAGAUAUAAAUUUUAGUAUUGAAGAUUAUGAAGAAGACUUGAAGCAGAUGAGUAACCUAACUAAAGAAGAAUUUGUGCAUGUACUUCGCCGACAAAGCACCGGAUUUCCCAGAGGAAGCUCCAAAUAUAGAGGAGUAACUUUGCACAAGUGUGGAAGAUGGGAAGCUAGAAUGGGCCAAUUUUUAGGCAAAAAGUACGUUUAUUUAGGCUUGUUUGACACCGAGAUUGAAGCAGCAAGGGCUUAUGACAGAGCUGCAAUUAAGUUCAAUGGCAAAGAUGCUGUUACCAACUUUGAUCCCAUCAUAUACGACAAUGAGCUUAACUCAGGUGAAACUUCAGGUAAUGCUGGAGAUGACAACCUUGACUUGAGCUUGGGAAAUUCAACCCCAAAGCAAAACAAUGUCGAUUUUGUUGCUCAGAAGCAAAUUGCUAUGAGUGAUCAGCAUAAUCUGAUACCUGAAGCUGAUUGGCAAUAUCGGGGAUUUAGAUCUAAGCUAAACCCGCUGCAGGAACCGUGUAGAAGUGAUGAUGCUCAUCACCGAAGGUCAGAUGGAUAUAGCGAGGCAGAAACAAUGCAGCUGUUGAGCCAAACCCACAUUCAAUCUCCAGCCUUAGGUAAGUCUGAUGAAAUGCAAAGAUAUGGACAGCUGAGGAGACCUGGAGAGAACCAUAUGUUUCACAUUUUUCCUCCGCACGUUAAUCCAUCAACUUAUCAGAUUCAUUUUCCAAGCGGCAGCAAUGGAAGCCGAAUUGAGAGUGAUCUGUCACUGUCUACCAGUGAAUAUCAACAAUGGCAAUCGGGUCCUCACCAAUUCUUUGCAAAUGCUGCAGCAUCAUCAGGAUUCCCGUCCCAGAUUAGACCUUCCCAAACUUGGCUGCAGAAAAAUGGGUUCUACUCACUCAUGAGACCCUCCUGACCCAUCCAAAAGUAGCCAUAAAUCUUCACUAAUUAACCCCCCUCUCUCACCUUGUUGGUUUUGUGAGCAUGUGAAGAUCAAUGCUUUGAGAUAACUCCCUUUUUUAAUUUUCUUCCCUCUGCAACUUUCUUAGAGAGCCAAAGGGAAGAAUUGCGGGAAAUUAUUGGAACGAGAAAAAAAAAAAAAAAACAAAGAAAAGAAAAUUCCAGCACUCUUGGAGUUGUUGUUGUUUGGCAUCGGUCAAACUAACAAACCAACGGAAACUUUGAACUAAAUGUUCUGAGUUCUGACUAAAACUGCUGAUCUUUUCUAUUGUCUUUAAUACAAUUGCAUUGCCGCACUAUACAGCUGGCAUUAUUGUUGUACCCCAUUUUCUAUUGCAACUAUAAAUUAUUGGUAGCUGCUUCUCUUU